GUUCAUACUCCAAGACAGAGGUAUCAUGAAAAGAUUUGGAUUCUACCUUUCGUUGGCACUUGCGCUAAGUAGUUUUGUAAGUUUUGGUUCCUGCCAAUUUGAUAAUGAAGUUAUUCGGGACAUUUUGAUUGAAGGCUUCAGGGCUUACAAUGAAGAAAAUACAAAACCAGUUGAUGUUCCUUCAGAAAAUGAAUCGUUUGAUUUUAUCAUUGUUGGAGCUGGUCCAGCAGGUUGUGUCCUGGCCAACAGACUCUCCGCAAAUCCUAACUGGUCUGUGCUGCUUUUGGAAGCAGGUCCCACGGAGAACAUAGUCAAUGAUAUGCCAGUGUUAGCAGGUUAUUUACAAGUAUCAGAAGCCAAUUGGAAUUUCUCGACCACGCCCCAGAAGAACGCUUGUUUUGGAAUGAACGACAACAUUUGCAUCAUUACUCGAGGAAAAAUGCUCGGCGGAUCAAGUGCUAUAAACUACAUGAUCUACAGUCGUGGAAAUCCUAAGGAUUUCGACAAAAUGGCACAAGCCGGCAAUGUGGGAUGGUCAUACAAAGAUGUUCUUCCGUACUUUUUGCGGUCAGAGAGAGCAAACUUGGAGUGUUAUGAGGAUACCCCGAACCAUAAUACCUCAGGUUUGCAGAGUGUUGAACAUGCGAGGUACAGAACCCAUGUGGCGGAUGCUUUUGUAAGAGCAUUUGUAGAUUUGGGAUAUCCAAAAAUUGACUAUACUGGGGAACCCCAACACGGCACUGCUUACGUUCAGGGAACAACUCUCAAUGGACACAGACAAUCUGCUGCUAAGGCGUUUGUUUUACCUAUUCUCAAUGAAAGAAAGAAUCUUCGUGUUUUGACCUUUGCCACUGUCACAAAGAUUCUGAUUGAUGAUUCAUUUUUAGCUUAUGGUGUUGAGUUCAUCCACAGAGACAAGAACUACGUAAUCAAGGCCAACAAGGAAGUGAUUUUGUCUGCAGGAACCAUCAAGUCACCUCAACUACUUAUGUUGUCCGGUGUUGGUCCCAAAGACGUGCUCAGCAAAAUGGGAAUCAAACAAUUGGUGAAUGUUCCCGUUGGAAAAGUGUUGUACGAUCACAUGUCCCAUAUUGGCCCGACUUUCACCACAAACAGUACAGGCUCAACAUUAUAUUUUGACCGAAUUACUUCUGAAGAUGUUCAAAAAUUCAAAGCUGGCGAUCCUUCUACAAGAGUAUCGACACUCACAGGCGUAGAAGCCUUAACAUCAAUAAAAUUGCCAUUCUCCUGUCCCGAUGAUGAUCGCCCUGAUGUGGAGCUGAUUUUCGUAGAGACAAGUAUGGCCGUUGACAAUGGAUUUGUUUUCACGAAAAGCAUCAAUUUCAAACAAGACACCUACGACAAAGGAUUCAAGCCUUUAGAGGGAACAGAACAUUUCACUAUUGCCACUAUGUUAUACCGUCCCAGAUCAUCCGGAAGUGUUACGUUGAGAGACAAAAAUCCCUUAAGUCCUCCAAUUAUUGAUCCCAAUUACUUUGGUGAGGAAUAUGAUGUCGAAAUUAUGCUAGCAGGUAUUAAACAGGCUCUUCGAAUUGCCGAAACACCUGCCAUGAAAAGAAUCAACGCUACAUUGUAUUCAGUAAAGAUUCCUGAAUGUGAGGAAUUUGACUUUGGAACUGAUGAAUACUGGAGAUGCUCGAUCAAAGUAUUGACAUACAGCCAAAAUCAUCAAGUGGGAACGUGUAAAAUGGGACCUGCAAAUGAUCGAACCGCAGUCGUAACCCCCGAGUUGAAAGUGCAUGGAAUGAAGAGGUUGAGAGUGGCUGAUAGCAGUGUUUUGCCAGCACCUCCAACGGGACACACACAUCCGAUUUCGUUGAUGAUUGGUGAAAAAUUAGCCGAUAUGAUAAUCAAAGAGUGGCAGCAUAAAAUUUGCUAAAUUCUUCAAAUAGGAAAAAAAACAACAUGACCAAGCAGAGUCUUAUUUUCAGUUUAAUAUUGUGACAAAUAAAUCUAUUUUUUUAUAA